GUCGUAGUCGCAGCCGCUCCAAUAGCUAUUCACCUCGUGAUCGUGCCACACCAACAUACUCGCCUGUAAGAAAAAGUCGAAGUUAUUCAAGAUCUCGAUCUCGAUCAUAAUAUUGAGGACCUAAUGAGAUCUGAAGUUAAUCAUGUCUUCCACCGAAAACUUCACAUAUUUGUUUGAUCGCCCAACUGAACCUAUUUUCAAACCCAAAGGUGAUGAUGAAGAUGUCGCUUUUAUCGUUCCAGACGAAUACUUGGAUGAGCGAUAUAAACCAGCUGCAUCCGAUUUGCAAACUCGUUUUCCAGGAGCUAAGCAAAUUAAGAUUAAUAAAAUCAAUAAAAUCCCUGACCUAUCACUUCCCUUGUCACUUGACAAGAAUACACCAUUUACUUUAUUUAACCCUAUGCACUGCUCGAUGUCAUCAAGACUCAUUACUGUUUUUAUGGAAACAAAAUCAACUGACGAGUUAAUGUCCUUGGCAGUAUAUUGUCGUGAAAAGAUGAACCCAUUUAUGUUUGUGUAUGCUUUAUCAGUGGUUAUGCUUCAUAAACCAGAGACUCGAAGUAUACAAUUACCUUCACAUGCUGAAAUGUUUCCUGGACUUUAUGUUGAUCCUACAGUAUUAAGUCGUGCCAGAGAAGAAGCAGCAGCCGUUCCUACUGGCAACAGAAUACCGAUUGAAAUCCCACGAGAUUAUACAGCAUCUGAUUUAGACAUUGAGCAUAGACUACAAUACUUCCGUGAAGACAUUGGAGUGAAUCUUCAUCAUUGGCAUUGGCAUUUAGUGUAUCCAUUUGAUGGACCACGAAAUAUUGUAGAAAAAGAUAGAAGAGGAGAACUUUUCUACUACAUGCAUCAACAGAUAAUAGCUAGGUAUAAUUUUGAGCGUUUGAGCAAUCGAAUGAAUAGAGUAGUUCCAUAUACAAACUUACGUGAACCAAUAUUAGAAGGCUAUUUCCCUAAAUUGGAUACAGUAGUUGGAAAUCGCGUAUGGCCAUCGAGAAGUGCUAAUACAAGAUUAUCGAAUUUAAACAGAGAAACUGAUCAGGUCAGAUUUAACCUCGAAGAUUUGGAACUCUGGAGAGAUGAAUUGUUCAAAGCUAUUCACUCUGGGUUCAUUACUGAUACUAAUAACCAACAAGUAAGAUUAACUGAAAUGGAAGGCAUUGAUAUUCUCGGUAACUUAAUAGAAGCAAGUAUUUUAAGUCGGAAUCCAAAUAUCUACGGAUCUUUCCAUAAUAACGGUCACUUGGCUAUUGCAUACUCACACGAUCCUGACAACCGAUAUUUGGAAAACUAUAGCGUAAUGGGAGACUCUACAACAGCAAUGCGAGAUCCUGUAUUUUAUCGUUGGCAUGCAUAUAUUAACCACAUUUUCACGGAAUUUAAGGCAGUCAUUCCUCGAUACACUAUUCAAAAUUUGAGUUUUGAUAACGUAAGAGUAACUAGUGUGGAAGUGGCAUCGGGAAAUUCAUUAGCUCGUAAUGAAUUUGCAACUUAUUGGCAACAAAGCGACAUUGAUUUAACCAGAGGUUUAGAUUUUGUACCUCGAGGUUCUGUGUAUGCUCGUUUUACUCAUUUACAGCAUGCUUCAUUCACAUACAGAAUUGUGGUUGAAAAUAAUGGUAAUCAACGAGUAGGAACUGUACGUAUAUUCAUUGCUCCCAAAUUUGAUGAAAGGGGUCAACCUAUCCGUUUUAACGAUCAGAGACAACUUUUUGUUGAACUUGAUAAAUUCAGCUAUGAAUUAAGAAGAGGAAGAAAUGAAAUCGAAAGGCGUUCAAUUGACUCAUCUGUAACAAUACCGUUCGAAACAACUUAUAGAAAUUUGAAUAGUAAUAGACCUGCAGCGAAUACUGCUUCAGAAGGAGUUUUUAAUUUCUGUGGAUGUGGAUGGCCACAAAAUAUGUUGAUUGCCAAGGGAACGCCUGAAGGUAUGCCUUGUGAGCUCUUUGUAAUGGUUUCAAACGGUGCUAAUGACCAAGUGGAGAACUCUGGCCGAGGAAACUUAACUUGUGAUGAUGCAUCUAGUUAUUGUGGUGUCUUGAAUGCACGAUACCCAGAUGCUAGAUCAAUGGGUUAUCCAUUUGAUCGUCCUGGAAGAGAAGGUGUAGUUUCGUUGCGUCAAUUCCUUACACCUAACAUGAUUGUACAAGAUGUAAUUAUUCGAUUUUCAAACAGAGUUGUUGCUCCAAGAGCACAAUCAUCUGACAAUCAAGCCAGACCAAGUUCUGGAUCAGGAAAUAGAAGACAAUGAAACUAAAAUUUUUUAUGAAAAUAAAAUAAAUAAACUACAAUAUUUAACUAUCAUACAUUUAUUCAACUUAUUUUAUAACUCUAAAAUAACCAACUUAAUUUAUGUUAUUGUUUUAUUAAUAAAGCUAAAUAUAUUUUAAUACUUAAUACAACUAUAAUAACGUGUAGAUUUAAUAAAUAAAUUACUUAUUUUCAAAAAUAAUAA